AUGUCUUCUACCACCACAGUAGAGCUGUUUUCGAUGAGUAGGUCUGCGACGCCGGUCCCAGAGACCCAACAGCAACCGUGUGCACCAGCAAGGCCAACCGAGAGUUAUUUCAUCCAAGCGCAGGUCCCGGAGCCCCGUGAAUCCUUGGAUCGAACGUCAGAGCCAGUUCCAAGCCAGCAUCUCAUCAGUGUGUUAUGGUGUAAAGAGAAGAGCAUGGCGAUCAUGACCUUGGUGGCACUCGUCCUUGGCUUUGCCUCUCUUGGAUUCGGCAUCGGAAGCUGGGUAGGCCAAAAACAAGGCAACGUUAUAGCGACAAAGUCUCUGUGGAUUGAUAGAUAUGGAAUAUGUUCAGAUCAUGAGGAACUGCGCGAGACACCCCAAUGCCAGCAGAUUAUCACAGAGACGUUACAGGACCUGAAUAUUGGCGGAAAGCCGGCAAAAAACCAGACUCUCCAGGCACGCGCCGUCGACCCCUCUGAGGUAUGCGUCCAACCACACAAGAUGUGGCAUCAACAUGUCCAACACAUGAUCGACUGGGUGCCACGCCAGCUGGACGUUUAUAUCCGGGCGUCGAUGUUUGAGUCCGAGAUAACGGCAUGUCUACCUCUUUCAGCCUGCCUGAUACCGGAAAUAAGAAGUACUUCAGUUGAUCUCGCGCAGAGAUAUCAGUUUGCUCUGAGGCCGAUAUUAGCUGGAGUUCUGGAGCCAGAAGACACCGCCCUGGACAGCAUCGUACGCGAAGUUGAAGACAUGUACAGUAUGGUGGCUGGCAUCAGCAAAGUGGAUGAACUCUGCUUGUUGGAGAAUGGCAUGAAUGUCAAUCAUUUUAAUGCAUGGAGAGCAGAUCUCGUACAUAAUCACAAAACGCGACCAAAGCGCAUCGCCAAUCGAGUUGAAUAUCGGUUGUCUAUGCUCGACAAGAAACUUGACAAGUACAUCAAAGCCAGCCACUCGGUAGCUAUGGAAUCGAAGCUUCGAUAUGCAAAGAUGGCAUGGGUUGCCGGUAUUCUCACCUUCAUCCUUUUACGACUGAUUGUUGCAAGACCUAUCCCAUCGGCCCUAUUCAGUCCUGGAAUGUUGGCGCUCGAUAUCUGCUUGAUGAGCCAUAGAAUGGAGCAGACAUAUACCUCUAGUCCGUUGAGAAGCAGCGUCGUAUUCUUUAUUAUCAGCUUGUACUUGGACCGACUGUUUCUUAUGAUUUCCUCCAGGAACCAGAUUUUGCAGACUAAACUGGAACGCGUCACAGCUAACACCCUGAUCAUCUGCUGUGGGGCCAAUAUUUCACGGUUAUUCUUCCCGACCACAUACUUCUUAACUUUCGCCUACUGGUACUUGAGGAUGUCAACGGCCGAGUUGGACGUGGAGCUCUGGGACUCCUUGACAAGUUUGGUUGCUUCCCGGGCGAGUCUAUACCAGAAAGACGUGUCGUGGCUCAUAGUCGCGAUUCCCUUUCUGCUGAUCAUGCUCUCAAAUGGUUUGGUUUUUUGGGUUCUCGAUGAAAGAUUUGGAGGCUUGUCGUUUGUGAUUGUCUUCAUGUUGAGUAAGAUUUCCUGGCACCGGUAA